UCCCAAAUAUACGCUUCCUGUUUUUUUCCGCUUUUUAAACCAGGAAGAUGGAUUCGCUGUCGAACAAAUGGAUUGUUAAUUUGGUAGUUGGCUUGUUUUUCGUUGGUGUCAGCUGUACUUCAGUGGAACAGAAGAUUUACGUCCAUCUCAAUUACACUAUCCCGUGCGUGCGAUUGCUUAAUGCUACACAUCAAAUAGGCUGUCAGUCCUCUUUGUCAGGAGAUGUGGGUGUACUUCAUUUGCUGGAGUCAGAGGCCAACCUAGACUGGGUCCUGAAGACUGGUCCAAACCCUCCUUAUAUGGUCAUCCUGGAGUCCACGCUCUUUACAAAGUCCAUCAUGACGAAGCUGAAAAACGGCUCCAGCAGAGUGGCUGGCGUUGUUGUUGUGGCGCCAAGCACAAAUCCACCGGAGGGCUUCUCUCCACAUACCACCUGUCCCAACGAGAACACAGGUGUGUAUUCAGAGAGCUACGACCCAGCCCUGGCUCACUGUAACACAACAGUGUGGAACCCGCUGGGAAACGGUCUGUCCUACGAGGAGUAUGACUUUCCCAUCUUCUCCCUAAAAGACGAUAAUGACACGCAACUUAUACGACAGUGUUACAUGGACCAUAACCGCGCUGCGGAUAACAGCAGCAGUCCUCCGUACCCUCUGUGCGCCAUGCAGCUGUACUCCCACAUGUCCGCUGUCACUGACACGGCCACUUGCAUGAGGAGGAAUGACAUUAACUUCAGCCUUACCCCAGAGAUGGUAUGCGACCCACUGGGGGACUUAAAUAUUUGGGCCUCAACCAAACCUCUGAACAACACAGAAAAGGGCCAUAAGAUGGGGGAGAGUGUGGUCAUCGCUGCGGCAAGACUGGACAGCAGAUCUUUUUUCUUUGACAUUGCUCCAGGAGCAGAGAGCGCAGUCUCAGGCAUCGUCACACUGCUGGCGGCUGCACAUGCUCUGCGCAACGCCACCCAGGAGGCUCUACUUACCCGCAACAUCAUGUACACUUUGUUCCAAGGGGAAACCUUUGACUACAUCGGUAGUUCGAGGAUGGUGUACGACAUGGAGAAUAACCAGUUUGCUGUGGACCUGGACAAUGUUCACUCAGUGCUGGAGGUUGGACAGGUGGGAUUCAAUGCCGACUCCAAGCUCUGGCUUCACUCCGAUCCUGUUUCUAGGAGGAACAGCAGCGUCCAAGAGGAGGUGAGGAGCCUCAUCAACAACUUGCAGACAGCUUCCGAAGGUCUAAAUGUUUCACUGGAUGAACCCAGCGUCACCCAGCCGCUGCCUCCCUCAUCUUUCCAGCGUUUCCUACGAGCUCGGCCAAUCCCUGGUGUUGUUAUUGAGAACCACCAGUCCAGUUUCACAAACAGGUACUAUGAGAGCAUGUUCGACAAUGCUGAGUAUCUGAACGUAUCUUACCCACCGGACCUGACACCAGAGGAGCAGCUAGAGUUUGUUACAGACUCUGCAAAGGCUCUGACUAAGGUGGCGACCCUGGUGGCCCGAGCUCUGUACGUACAGGCUGGAGGAGAAAAAAGCCAGCUGAACAGCAUUCAGGCCGACCAGCUGCUGGUUAGCCAGAUGCUGUACAGUUUCCUCAUUAGUUCAAAUAACUCCUGGCUCCAGCAGCUAAUAACCGCAGAUUACAGCAACCAUCUAGCUGACAGACCCACAAACUUCUAUGUCGGUGUGGCACAGCAGUCCAGUGAAUCGACUUAUCUGGUCCAACACAUCCUGGCCAACCUGACCGGCAGUGUCGUCAACAUCACUAAAGAAGACUGCCAGAAGCAGAGAGAGGAUGAGAAUGACAACGAGAACAAACAUAUGUUCUCCUACUUAUGGGUUCAAGGUGCAGCUCCUCCCAACAGCACGGAUCGGGUGGGGUUCUGCGUUCGUUCCACAGUUCGUAACUCCAAAGCGCUGUCUCCAGCCUUUGAGCUGCGGGAGUACACCUCCAAAGAUUACUCAACGUGGACAGAGUCGAGGUGGAAGAGCAUCAAAGGACGCAUAUUCCUUGUGGCCAGUCACGAACUGGAGAUGCUGACGCUCGGCGUGGGUGUCGGUGUGUUGCUAAUGUCCUUCCUCCUGACUUAUAUCAUCAGCUCAAAAGCUGACAUACUCUUCAGCUCGGGAAGGGAACCCACCAGCGCCACCUACUGAUCCACAGUCUCAGGCCAGCGACCACUACCAUAACAAUUACUGCUACUACUUCUUCUAUCCCAACAAACAUGGACAAUUUCACUUAAAACACACCACGAGUAGGUACACAGAAAGGCUAGACUCAGCAUCAGACGGUUUCUUUUAGGCAACGACUCCGCGUUUAUGGACUCACUCAUGUGAGGCGUUAAGACUGGAUUGGCCCGGAUGGAUCUGGACUCAUCAGGGUCAGAAAACACUGGUCAGGCAGCAGCUGGGCCCCUGUCAGUGCAAAAGAUGUUUAUAUUUCUUUCAUUUUAGAUUUUUCUUUUCUCUUUUUAUUGUUAAAGAAUGUUUUGUUUACUGUGUCAUGGGAUAGGCACUAAACAUUGAGCAUUAUUUUCUGUGUGUAUGAUUCUGAAAAUGUAAGAUAACUGAGUGAGCAUUAGCAGUGGACUGCCUGAUUUAGUGUGUACGAACAAUUAUGAAGGUGGGUGUGCGUGUGUGUGAAGUUUGUAUGGGGAUUGCAAUGGUAUGUGCAAUACUGUAGCUGUCUUUGUUGUCAGUGUAGUAACUUAUCAAUCAAUUCUAAUGAUAAACCUAUUUCUGAGUCAGUGAACAAGUUAGGAAAAUUUCAGUUUUUACAUCUGGAAAUGUGCAGUGAAAUAUUUUGAUGCAUUCUAGGUCCUGGGAAUUUAUCAAAAAAUAUGUUUUAUCCCAGCAAUGACUCAUCACUUUCACUGAUUGUGAUAUUUGAGUGGAAAAAAUUUCCCAAGAGUCUGGCGUGGCUGACUUUUUUUUUCUACCAGCUACCAAAAUCUUUAAAAGCAGUCAGAAAAUCUUAUAUCUAUAUAAAAAUUUGGAGUUAAAACACUGAAUAAGCGCUGGUACUCUGGCUCUGCACUCUGGUUCUUUUUUUCACAGUGUAAUGAUAGUUUAUGAUGACACGCAAGGUUUUAAUUCUGUUGAUGGAUGUGGAUAAAAUGUCUGGAAACAAAGAGCAGUUGUGAUGCCUUGAAAUAAACAUUGCUUCUUUUUCCAAA